AGCGCACAGCCCAUCCCGGCUCCGGAGCAUAAACAAGAGUGGGGACGGGAUGAGGCGGCGGUUGGUCCCCGCGCAGCGAGAGGCGGCGAGCGAGCCUACGAGCCGGAUCGGGCGCAGCUCCUGAGUGUAGCGCGCUCCCGCGGGCAGCCCGAGUUGCGCCGCGCGCGCUCCCGCGAAGGGGGGUCCGAGCCCGUCGCGCGCGCGCAGCCAUGAACCUGGCGAGCCAGAGCGGAGAGGCCGGUGCCGGCCAGCUGCUGUUCGCCAACUUCAACCAGGAUAACACGUCCCUAGCUGUUGGUAGUAAGUCCGGGUAUAAGUUUUUCUCCCUUUCUUCUGUGGAUAAGCUGGAACAGAUCUAUGAAUGCACUGACACUGAAGAUGUGUGCAUCGUAGAGAGGUUGUUCUCAAGCAGCUUGGUGGCCAUCGUCAGCCUCAAAGCUCCCAGGAAGCUGAAAGUUUGCCACUUUAAGAAGGGAACCGAGAUAUGCAACUACAGCUACUCCAACACGAUACUGGCUGUGAAGCUGAACAGGCAGAGGCUCAUUGUGUGUUUGGAAGAGUCGCUCUAUAUACACAACAUCCGGGACAUGAAGGUACUUCAUACCAUCCGAGAGACACCCCCAAACCCUGCAGGCUUGUGUGCACUGUCAAUAAACAAUGACAACUGCUACUUGGCGUAUCCAGGGAGUGCGACCAUUGGAGAGGUGCAGGUCUUCGACACCAUUAACUUGAGAGCUGCAAACAUGAUCCCGGCUCAUGACAGUCCCUUAGCAGCCCUGGCUUUUGAUGCAAGUGGGACCAAGCUUGCCACUGCUUCUGAGAAGGGGACUGUGAUCCGUGUAUUUUCCAUUCCAGAGGGACAAAAGCUGUUCGAGUUCCGGAGAGGAGUGAAGAGGUGUGUGAGCAUCUGCUCCCUGGCCUUCAGUAUGGACGGCAUGUUCCUCUCCGCAUCCAGCAACACCGAAACUGUGCACAUCUUCAAACUUGAGGCCGUGAGGGAAAAACCUCCAGAAGAGCCCACCACCUGGACUGGCUACUUUGGGAAGGUGCUCAUGGCGUCUACCAGCUACCUGCCCUCACAAGUGACAGAAAUGUUCAACCAGGGCAGGGCCUUUGCCACUGUCCGCCUACCGUUCUGUGGCCAUAAAAACAUCUGCUCGUUAACCACAAUUCAGAAGAUCCCACGGUUGCUGGUAGGAGCAUCAGAUGGCUAUUUAUACAUGUACAACCUGGACCCCCAGGAAGGUGGCGAGUGUGCCCUGAUGCGUCAGCACAGACUCGAUGGCAGUAUGGAGACGACCAGUGAAAUUGUAGACUCUGCAUCUCAUGACUGCCCCUUAGUAACACAGACGUAUGGCGCGGCAGCUGCCAAAGGUGCCUAUGUGCCCUCGUCCCCAACGAGACUUGGUAAAGGGCAGGAUGCCAACUUAGAAGCCUACACAGAUGACCUGGGUGCCGUGGGGGGCGCAUGCCUGGAGGAUGAAGCCAGUGCCCUGCGCCUGGAUGAAGACAGCGAACAUCCUCCCAUGAUUCUCCGGACUGAUUGAUCCAGACCUGUGAACUCUGGUCCAGGAACAGACCCCUGGCCUGGCAGAGGACUUGUGCAUUGCUGCUAUGAACUUUGACCUGAAUUGAGGGAGAGGAUGGCAGAGACUGUAAAGCAAAGAGAUUGUAGUUAUAGCCUAUCCAUACUGUUGAGAAAAUACACUGUUUUCACUUCAGCGACUUUAA